AUGUCGACAACCACAGUUCUCGCUCCGGCGCAGUCUUAUGAGCUUUCGAGCUUUCGACAGCCAGAGCACAACGGCAGCACCCCGCAAACGCCUCCAGGACAGGUUGAGGAUGGCCAGCGGCUCGUGGCAACGGCCUACUCCCGGUUCAGCGACAUCCAGAAACAGUCGGUUGCGUGGUUCGUUGCCUUCUGCGGACUGCUGGCUUCCAUGUCCACGACCAGUAUUCUCUCCGCCGUGCCGGAAAUCAUGGAAACUUUCGACACGACACCAACUGUUAUCAACAUUAGCAACGCCCUGUACCUCGUCGUCAUCGGGCUGUCCAGCUGCUUUUGGGGCCCUUUGGCUGACACGUUCGGCCGCAAACCGGUCUACACCAUGAGCACGACAAUGUUCCUUCUGGCAUCCAUUGGCACAGCGCUUUCGCCGACCCUGGUUGCUUUCUUUUUCUUUCGAGCGUUGACUGCCGUUCAAGUCAGCACAUUCCUCAUCCUAGGUUCAAGCUGCAUUUCGGACAUUUACCACCCUAUCGAGCGCGCGACUGCCAUGGGUUGGUUCCUUCGAGGCACGGUUUUUGGUCCGGCCUUUGGUCCGAUCAUCUCCGGCAUCAUCGUCACCUACACGUCCUGGAGAAUCAUCUUCUGGGUACAGGCGUCCCUGAGCGGUCUAGCGUCCCUACUCUGCUUCUUUAUCAUGAAAGAAACAUUGCAGACGACUCCACGGCACAGAGAACUGCGAGGUCAGGGAGUGCAUGCUGCCACUAAGACAUUGUGGAAGUCUUUGAACCCAAUCCUCGUUUUCCGACUGCUGAGCGAGAAGAACUUGCUCUGCGUGAGCCUUGCUUCGGCAUCCAUGGCGUUCAACAUGUAUUCCCUGUUGACGCCAAUCCGUUACAUCUUAAACCCUAGGCUGGGUCUGACCACGCCUCUGCAAUCUGGCCUGCUCUAUCUCGCACCAGGCGGGGGCUACCUCCUUGGUAGCCUCAUCGGCGGCCGCCUCUCUGAUCGUAUCGUAAAGUUCUGGAUGAAACGUCGUGGCUUCCGCCUCUGGGAGGAUAGACUCCGUGGAAGCGUCAUCUUGCUUGGCCUUACUCUGCCUGGUUCGACAUUACUCUACGGCUGGACGGUCGAUCGCGGUUUUGGAGGCAUCGGCUUGCCAGUAGUGUGUAUGUUCGUCCAAGGCAUCAGCCAGACAAGUGCCUUCCCAAGCCUCAACACCUACAUCAUGGAUGUCAUGCAGCAAAAUAGCGGCAAGGCGUCAGCCAGUCAUUACUUUGUCCGGUAUGCUCUCUCGGCUGCUGCGACUGCAAGCUGCAUUCCCAUGAUUGACGCAAUCGGCAUUGGAUGGACGGCUACUAUUUCAUCUUCCAUGGUGCUCGCCGGGUCUGGGCUCGUACUGGUGACGAUUCACUCUGGCGAGAAGUUGAGCGCCAACGUCACUCGACUCAGUAGUGUGGGCCACGGGAUCCUCCUAAAGAAGCACCUUUGGCUCCGCCAAUAUAGUGCAUCUGGUGUAGCAGGUGCUAUUGCAAGAGGGCUGCGCGCCGACGCAACGCUCGUCUUUGGCCAGGAGGAAGCUGGAACCGCCAUAUGCGUCGACUCUUCGGGUAUUCUCCUGACGUGCGCCCAUUGCGUCGCUGAGGUAGAGGAGGAGCUGGAUCUCGAGAGCAGUCACUGGCUGGUAUUCGAAUCGGGCCAGAUUGUUGAGGCAAAGUGCGUUGCUUGGGAUGGCCGUCGAGACCUUGCCUUGCUGAAGGUAGUAGCCGCACAGGGUAUGCCAGACCCUCAAGUCUCGGGAGGUCCAAAGUCAUCCAGCCAGGGCCGUUGCGGUUUUCCAUGUGCGUUGCCCGACACAUCCUCUCCUCCGCUGAACGAUGUUCUGGUCUGUUUCGGUCACCCAGGGAGCGAGGAUCUCGAGUCUGAGCAGCCAGGCGUGGCCACAGGGUACGAUGUACUGGUGAUGAGCGAAGGUCGCUUCAGGGGGUACGCGGAAGGCCAGGAUCCUCAGGACAAUGAGAAGAUUGGAGCCCUCAAGCAUGACUGCUGGACGUACUGGGGCCACAGCGGCGCUCCUCUUUUUCGCAAACGGUCAAAACUCCUUGUUGGAUUACAUUCGAGCUGGGACGAUGAGACGGGUAUGCGUAGGGGUGUGCCCGUCGAGGCCAUCUCUGAUUUUCUCGUAGAGCAUAGUCAGCACCUGGGUCGUAAAUGA